AUCAGAGGCGCGCCCACUGGCCACGCCACGCACUCCUAUGCUACGCUAGUCCAUAGAGUGGCAGGGGAGGUGAGGUGAGGCCACUCUUCCAUCUCUCUCUCCUUUUGCUUCCCCUCUCUUGCUCACUUUUCAGCGGAGGAAGAGAGGAGCAAAAGCGAGCAGCUCAUCCCAGAGAGAUUUCAGUUCCACCGCGACGUCAAAAGAAAGCGAGCUUUUGGUGGUAAUCCCUUGGAGCAUUGCGGCGGCGAGCGAGAUCUGCCACGACGCGCCGCCAGCUGCUGCAGCGGCCUGCCACUGCCACUCACCUGCGCCGCUGGCUGAAGAGUCGCCGCCGUCGUGCCCAUUGCCUACUGCGCCGUCCACUGUCCCUCGCCGGCGUCUUAUGCAUGGCCUUGCGACCCGCGCACUCACGCUGGAGAGUAGAGACACGCAGAUAGCACCAAGACCAGCAUCGGCUGCGUAGCUGCUGCUGCUCGGUGCGGCGUCUCUUCUUUCUAGGGGGCGGGGGAAGGAGGAGGCAGACGGCCAGGCAGCCAGGCGGCAGCGAGGAGGGGCGCGUAGCAUAGCGCCGUAGCGGCGUAGAGAAGAGGCCGCCGGGCGGCGAGCGCGUACGUCCGUUGCAGAGCGUGCGCGCGCGAGCGCCGCGCGCUCUGGCCUCCGUGCGACACCAUACGGCGCGCGAAUCGCCGAUCGACAUGGCGCUGGAAGCUCUGUGCACGACCACCAGCGACGUCCUCGUCUACGACACCUUCAACGCCGCCGCCGCCGCGUGCGCCGCUUCUGCGGGGACGGGGAGCUUCCUCUUCGGCAAUGCAGCACCGGUGGAGGUGCCGCCGGCGGCGGCGAUGGCGUCCCAGGCGAACGGGGAAAGCGGCGUGCAGCAGGUGCGGAGGAACCGGCGGCGGCGGCAGAGGAGCGCCAAGAACGCCGUGGACGCCGAGAGCCAGCGGAUGAACCACAUCGCCGUCGAGCGCAACCGCCGCCGCCAGAUGAACGAGUACCUCGCCGCGCUCCGCUCGCUCAUGCCGGACUCCUACGUCCACCGGAGUGAUCAGGCGUCCGUGGUCAGCGGCGCCAUCGAUUUCGUGAAGGAGCUCGAGCAGCAGCUGCAGUCCCUGGAGGCGCAGAAGCUGGCGCUGAACCAGCAGCAGCGCAGCGACAAGGCGGCGGAGCGCGACGCGGCGCAACCGUCACCAGGUCGUGACGACCCAGCGUCCGCCGGCAACAACAGCGGGGACGCCGCGGCGCGCGGCGAGGUGUCGGCGCCGGAGCUGCAGCCGCAGCCGCAGCCGCAACCGCCUCCGUUCGCCCGGUUCUUUCGGUACCCGCAGUACGCGUGGCUCCACGCCACGCCAGCGCGGGAGGACGCCGUCGUGGCCGUCGGCGCGGGCGCGGAGGAGAAGGCGGAGGCGAGCCGCGCGUCCGCGGUGGCGGACGUGGAGGUGGGCACGGUGGUGGACUCGCACGCCAGCCUCCGCGUGAUGGCGCCGCGGCGGCCCGGGCAGCUGCUGCGGAUGGUGGCCGGGAUGCAGGCGCUCGGCCUCGCCGUGCUCCACCUCACCGUGGCCACCGCGCCCGACGCCACGGCGCUCUACACGUUCAGCCUCAAGGUGGAGGAAGGGUGCGGCCUGGCGACGGCGGAGGACAUCGCCGUGGCGGUGCACCAUGUCCUCUGCAUCAUCGACGCCGAGGCGAGCAGCAGGGCAGCCGGGCCUCGAGCGGUCUAGCUAGGCAGGAGAAACCCACCGCCCAGCCUCCCGACGAGGUGGUGUGCCGGCGGCGCAACGCAAUGGAGGCGAGCCGGGGAGCAUGGACUGCAGGUGUCUGCUUUCGUUUUUCUUGUAAAGUGCAGUGUCGUGCGUGCGUGGCUGCGUGCGUAGCUGGCCAGCAGGGGAGCCUGCUGCCGUAUGUAUAACGGCAGGCAAUACUCACGCAAGUUCGUUUC